UUAUCGUGGAUAAUUUUAUUAUCCCUGAUAGCAACUCACCACACCCUGUCCCUCACAGCACCUGGGGAGACAGUGUCCCGGCCUCCACCUCUCUUCUUGACCCAGGUGAACCAAAGCCACCAGAGCAAGGGCAGAACCCACAACCGCCCAGAGGAGGGGUCCCAGUGCUGCCUGGUUUGCAUCCCUGUCCUGGCCCUGCCCAGUUCCUGAGCUGGACCGCAGGCCGGAAGGCCGAGAGAAACAGCCCACUCUCUACAGCCAGGCUCCAGUCCCACCCCUUUCAGGGCCACUAAGCUGCCAUCUCUGGGGAGCUGCCAUCCGUCUGUGUCAGAGACACCGCUCGGCCAUGCUGGGCAUGGGAGCACCUGGCCAGCAUGUUGCUCUGGGUGACUCACCUGGUCCGUCUGCAGCUGGCCCUGACCUGCUGCUGGGCUCUCGACUGCCAUGAAAUGGCCUCUUCACCCGACUUCACUCUCCCGGGGGACUACCUCCUGUCAGGCCUGUUCCCCCUGCACAGCGACUGUCUGCAGGUGCGGCACAGCCCCCAGGUGACCCUCUGUGACAGGGCUAACAGCUUCAAUGGCCACGGCUACCACCUCUUCCAGGCCAUGCGGCUCAGCGUGGAGCAGAUAAACAACUCCACGGCCCUGCUGCCCAACGUCACCCUGGGGUACGAGCUCCAGGACGUGUGCUCCGAGUCGGCCACUGUGUAUGCAGUGCUGCACGCGCUGUCCCGGCAGGGCACGUACCACGUGGAGAUGCAGGGAGACCUGUACCAAUACUCUCCCCGGGCGAUGGCUGUCAUCGGGCCUGACACCACCAACAAUGCGGGCACUGCCGCCGCCCUGCUGAGUCCCUUCCUAGUGCCCCUGAUCAGCUACGAGGCCAGCAGCAUGGUGCUCAGCGCAAAGCAGCUGUACCCCUCUUUCCUGCGGACCAUCCCCAGUGACAGGUACCAGGUGGAGACCAUAGUGCUGCUGCUGCAGACAUUUGGGUGGAUCUGGAUUUCCCUGGUUGGCAGCUCCGGUGACUAUGGGGAGCUGGGGGUGGAGGCACUGGAGGACCUGGCCACACAGCAGGGCAUCUGCAUCGCCUACAAGGGGAUUGUGCAUUCUUCUGCCCGGGUGGGCGACCAGGAGAUGCAGGGCAUGAUGCGUGGCCUGGUCCAGGCCAGGACCACUGUGGUGGUGGUCUUUUCUAGCCGGCAGCUGGCCAAAGUAUUCUUUGGCUCUGUGAUACUGGCCAACCUGACAGGGAAGGUGUGGAUCGCCUCCGAAGACUGGGCCAUCUCCACACACAUCAGCAGAAUGUCUGGAAUCCAGGGCAUCGGGAUGGUGCUGGGGGUGGCGAUCCAGCAGAGACUUGUCCCUGGCCUAGAGGAGUUUGAAGAGGCCUACGCCCGGGCAAACAAGGGAGCCCCCAGGCCUUGCUCCAGGGGCUCCUGGUGCAGCACCAAUCAGCUCUGCAGAGAGUGCCAGGCCUUCACAGCAUACACGAUGCCCAUGCUUGGAGCCUUCUCAAUGAGUUCUGCCUACAAUGUGUACCAGGCGGUGUAUGCUGUGGCCCAUGGCCUUCAUCAGCUCCUGGGCUGUGUCUCUGGCUCCUGUUCCAAGGGCCAAGUCUACCCCUGGCAGCUUCUGGAGCAGAUCUACAAGGUGAAUUUCCUUCUACAUGAGGACACUGUGGCGUUUGAUAAGAAUGGGGACCCCCUCGGUAGCUAUGACAUCAUUGCCUGGGACUGGAGCGGGCCCAUGUGGACCUUCAGGGUUGUUGGCUCCUCCACGUGGCCCCCUGUUCAGCUGGACAUAAACAAGACCAAUAUUCGGUGGCCUGGAAAGGACAACCAGGUGCCCACGUCUGUGUGUACCAGAGACUGUGCGGAAGGGCACCAUCGCGUGGUUGUGGGUUUCUACCAUUGCUGCUUCGAAUGCGUUCCCUGCGAGGCUGGGACCUUCCUCAACAAGAGUGACCUCUACCGCUGCCAGCCUUGUGGGAGAGAAGAGUGGUCACCUGAGGCCAGCCACACCUGCUUCCCACGCACGGAGGUGGUUCUGACUUGGCGUUGGCCCAUCUCUUGGGUACUGUUGGCAGCUAAUACACUGUUGCUGCUGCUGCUGGUAGGCACUACCGGCCUGUUUGCCUGGCAUCUAGACACCCCUGUGGUGAAGUCAGCUGGGGGGAGGCUGUGCUUCCUCAUGCUGGGGUCCCUGGCAGGGGGCAGCUGCAGCCUCUAUGGCUUCUUUGUGGAGCCCACACUGCCCAUGUGCCUGCUGCGACAAGCCCUCUUUUCCCUUGGUUUCGCCAUCUUCCUGUCCUGCCUGAUGAUUCGCUCCUUCCACCUGGUCAUCAUCUUCAAGUUUGCCACCAAGGUGCCCACGUCCUACCAUGCCUGGGUCCGAAACCAUGGACCUGGCCUGUUUGUGAUGCUCAGCUCAAUGGCCCAGGUGCUCAUCUGUCUAACCUGGCUUGUGGUGUGGACCCCACUGCCCACCAGGGAAUACCGGCGCUUCCCCCAGCUGGUGGUGCUGGAGUGUACAGAGGCUAUCUCGCCCGGCUUUCUGUUGGCUUUCACCUACAAUGGCCUCCUCUCAGUCAGCGCCUUUGCCUGCAGCUACCUGGGCAAGGACCUGCCAGAGAACUACAACGAGGCCAAAUGUGUCACCUUCAGCCUGCUCCUCAACUUUGUAUCCUGGAUCACCUUCUUCACCAUGGCCAGCGUCUACCAGGGCCCGUUACUGUCCGUGAUCAAUGUGCUGGCCGCGCUGACCAGCCUGAGCGGCGGCUUCAGCGGCUAUUUCCUCCCAAAGUGCUAUGUAAUCCUCUGCCGCCCAGACCUCAACAACACGGAGCACUUCCAGGCUUCCAUCCAAGACUACUCGAGGCGCUGCGGGUCCACCUGA